CGACUUUUAUCGAUCUAGUUUACACCAUCAGCUGUCUGAUAGUUUCUUUUUUUUCGCACAAUCUUUUUUGUUUUGCUUGUUUUGUUGUGGCUAAGUAUUGAUCGCGAAAUUUUUUUUAUGGUAUUAAUUACCGAGAAUAUACAAGAAAUUUCAGUUUAACAUUUUCACGUAAAAUAGAAGGACAUAAUAUAACGAAGAAAAUGAAUGCAUAAUUAUCAGUCUGCGCAGGCGUUUAAUAAAUGAAUUUGAUCACCUGCGAGCAGCAAUACGCUUGGAAUGUUUAGUUUUCAAUAUAUUAGUAGUAAUGGCCUCAACGAAUAACAUUUCUACCCUUUUGGAAUGGAUGAAGUACACUCAAAGUCGGUGCAUACUAAAAAACACUUUGCCACAAUGUAUGGAAACGGAGGUAGAUGGUACCUUCGGGGAUGAGAUUGAUACUGAAGCAAGCAAGCGGAUGAAUGAAACAAUUUCGUACUUCGAGAUAGGCAUGACAGUUAUUUCCAUAUUGAUACGCGUAAUUGCUGUGUUACUCAAUAUCAAAUUGGCUGUGGACUAUUAUCAACAAGGAGAACAAAGUUAUUGCAUUUGGACAGUGGUAUGCAUGGUGGUGCCAAUGUGUGUCACAGCGCUGAUAUAUGCUACAAUGUGUUAUCAAGAUAAAAAAUUUGAUGGCGGAUUCAAGAAGGCAACGAAAACGACAUUGCUGGUUAUAGUGGCUUCACUUUUUCUCAGAUACUGGAAUACGCUUAUAUAUUCCUUAAAAUGUAAACGUGCAGAACUGCAACAAAAUCGAGAUGAGCAAUCAGAUUAUUACAAUCGCACUACGAAAGAAGAAAGCGACAUUGCUUUGAUUCGUUUGUUUGAGUGUUUCAUGGAAACGGCUCCACAAAAAAUAUUGCAAAUAUCAAUAAUACUAAUGCAAGAAAAUCAAAUCACAGAUACACAAAUACUUAGUGUGUUACUUUAUCUUUCGAGCGUACCAUGGACGUUAUUCAGUUAUAAUCGAUGUAUACGUGCCGCGCAACCAAAUAAAAAUAAGUUAAGCUAUUGGAAUAUGGCGCCACAUCUCUGUUGGCACUUUUGUAUUUCACUAUCGCGCAUCCUUUGUAUUGCUUUUGUGGCUGUGAUUUUUCCCGUCUGGACAAUAGUUGCUUGCGUUCUGCACGCCGUCAUAUUGGGAUUCGUCACGUACAUAGUGGAACGUCCGGAAUUCACCAGCAUUAUUUCUAUUAAUAAUUUUCUCUUUUGCAUCGCAUUAGGUUUCGUUUACAUAUUCAUUUACAUUCCAGUCAAGGAGGCACCAACGAGAUACAAAUAUGCGUUGUACUAUCUAAUUUGUUCGAUAGAAAAUAUCAUAUGUGUGGGCUUAUUCAUAUAUUAUCCACCAAACAAUAUUUUAGAAUCUAUUAGUCUUUUCUACACAAUUUGUGUUUUGGCCAUUGUCUUUUAUUACGUCGGCAUUUGUUGUAUGCUCAUUUACUACGUAAAUUAUCAUCCAAAUGUAAAAACAAAAAGAAACAAAAACACCAAUGGAUGAAAUAUUUAGUUGUAAAUGAGCAUUUCUAAAUAUAAUCAAGUAUUAAAAUACAUUCUCAAAUAUAUUUACAUAUAAGUAUA